AUGACCCAAGUGGCUCCGACUCGUCCUGCUGCUUUAACAGCUUUGGCCCCGCCAUCCUCCACCCGGCUGACCAAUAGGAAGACGUCUCCUUGUCGGUCACCGUCCAGUCAGAGGAGCCCCACAGAGCUGUCCGAAGCGCUGCAGGACAAAGAUCGGCGAGUUCAGCGGCAGCUGGAGCGCAGCGGCGAGGAACGUGAGAGCAAAAUGGCGGCGCAAAAGCGCAAGGAGCAACAGCGCCGCCUGGCGGCUGAGGAGAAGCGACGGCAGCAGAAGGAGGCCGAAAAGGAGCGGCUGGAGGCCAUGGUCCGACGGAGAGGCGGCGAGGCGCGGGACCGCCGGGACCACAGGCCCAAGCGAUGGACCUGGGGGGGGCCGCCCGAUGGAGUGGAGGGUAACACUAAGACCCCGCCCUGCCACGCCAUUGGCUCCGCUCUGCCCAAUCAUCUCCCCGCUGCUUCCGGCACCGGCCAAUCCCGUAACGCUUGUGAGUUCCUGGCUCCGCCCAACUCCUCGGACGAACCAAUGAGCAAGCAGCUGUCCAGCUCGUCCUCCAACCUCCACUCCAACGAGACAGUCGCAGCUCCUUCCAACAAGCACAGACCUCACCGAAGUUCAUCCAAUCGCAGGAGCAUCGCCGCGUUCCCUGAUGAGACGUCUCAAGCCAAAACACCAACGGGUGAGGUUCCUCAAGCACCUGUUCGUAGUUCCUCCUUCAAAGCCAGCAGUAAAGGUCCCGCUACACCCAAAAGAAUGCGAGCGAGCCGUAGUCGCGCUCAGUCCCCGUGCUCGCCGGGUCAGUACCCGCCUUCCCCUCUCCGGCAGAGGGCCACCACGCCGGGCGACGACAGGAAGUCCGCCAAAUCAGAAAGCUCUGACAAGAAGAUGCCCAAAUCAUCUAGCAGAGAAUUAUGCGCAGAGUCUCCAGGGACGCCCACGGGCCGCAGCGUAGGGGGCACCAUGGACGCUGAAGAGGCGUCGCGACUGCUAGCUGAGCGGCGGCGCCUAGCUCGGUUACAGAAGGAGCAGGAGGAGCGACAACGGCAGGAAGAAGAACAACUGAGGGCGGAGGAGGAGCGCAGGAGGCAGCAGGAGGCCCGGGAGCUACAGGAGAGAGCGGCUCAGCAGGCCGAGGAGGAGCGAGCCCUGCGGGAAGAAGAGAGGAAGAACAGAGAGGAGGAGGAACGUCGGCAGAAGGAGCAGCGAUGGAAGAACAUGCAGGAGCAGCUGGACAAGGAUAGAGAGGAGGCCUUCCAGCGAGCUCAGAGAGAAGCCGAGAGAAAGAGGAGGGAGCGGGAGCAGCUUCACAUCCAGGAGGAGCAGGAGAGGCAGCAGAGGAAAAAAAGGAUUGAAGAAAUCAUGAGAAGAACACGCAAGAGUGACGUGGAAGCUCCACCGGGUGCAACAGCGUGCGACGCAAGGCCUGAAAUGGCGGCGCUAGUCCUGGAAGAGGACGCUCCGACUCCGUCCGAACCUCCCGCCAUCCUGCUGGGACCACUGGAGAACAAAAGCUGCGUGGACGAACUGUCAGACGGCGUUCAGUCCAUGGACGUCAGUCCGGUGUCCAGGGACGAGACGGCCAGCGCUCAGGAGUUCUCACCGGUGGCGGACGGGCCGGAUCAAGUGACGGACGCCGAACCUCAGGCCUUCCCCAAACUGCAGGGCGGCAGCGGGGUGGGCGACCUUAACGAGAACCUCCUUAUCCAAGCGUACAACACCGCAGCCGCUGAGUCCACUGCGCUUAUUCACGGCCAGGUGGACGUGUGA